ACCUAGAGAGCACUUGAAGAGACACAGAAAAAGGGGGACAGACGCUCAGAGACUUUAGCACACACACAGAGAACUCCGAGUGAGGCCAUGAGAGAAGACGUUGAGAUUUUAAGUUUUUAUUUUUUAAUGGACAGCAUUUCACAAAAUCCUGAAACAAACGAAUGAAACGAACUGCAUAAUUUGCUCAAAACUUUUACAAGAAUGGAUAGCUAAGUGAGUGUCACCUGAAGCACCUGCAUUUAUUAAGAUGUCUGACUUUUUAGUACUUCGGAUCAGUGUGACAUUUUCAACAAACUCGGAGUGUUUUGAAGCUAUUCGUCAUUGACUCGGUGAACUUAAGGUAGGCUAAUUCACUUAGGAAAAUGCCUCGUCCUGGAAGAAACACGUACAGCGACCAGAAGCCGCCGUAUUCGUAUAUUUCGCUAACCGCAAUGGCCAUUCAGAGUUGCCCGGAGAAGAUGCUCCCUCUCAGCGAAAUUUACAAGUUCAUCAUGGACAGGUUUCCUUAUUAUCGGGAUAACACGCAGCGCUGGCAGAACUCCCUGCGCCACAACCUUUCCUUCAACGACUGCUUCAUUAAGAUCCCGCGAAGACCGGACCAGCCGGGGAAAGGCAGCUUCUGGGCUCUCCAUCCCAGCUGCGGUGACAUGUUCGAAAACGGGAGCUUCUUGAGGCGCCGCAAGAGAUUCAAAGUGAUGAUCACCUCCGAGCACCUGCAAAAACCAUCAGACGCGGCGCAUUACCUCCAGCAACAAGCCAAACUCAGAAUGACAACUUUAGGGACACAUCUACCUCAGAUGACCAGCUACAACUUAAGUGUUUCACAACCCUCCACUUUCAAACACCCCUUUGCCAUUGAAAAUAUAAUUGCCAGAGAUUACAAAAUGCCAGGAAGUCUUGCUUUCUCUACCAUGCAGUCCAUGUCAACGGGUUAUCAAAUAGGCCUACACAAUCAGUUGACCACGGCUUGGCCCCACAUGUAUAGCAGUAAUGUGAUAGACGCUGAGUAUACUGCCUAUGGAGUACCAUUCAAAUCCCUGAGUCAUGGGGGGCAAAGUUUACCGGCGAUCCCAGUGCCAAUCAAACCCACCCCGGCUCCGGUUCCGUCCAUCUCGAUGCUGCAGGCGCGCCUUCCAGCCUUCCUCUCCGGCUCUCCACAGUCCAUGAGCCCGACGUCUCCCGGACAGAGCAGCCCUGCCACACCGAGCCCGACCUCGCUGCUCCAUUCGGCCGCCGUGCACUGUCAAGAGGUCACUUAAAACUUUAAGUGGGACUUGAAACUUUACAUACACACCCACCCGACAAAAAGGCAAGACAAGA